UAACCUGUCCAUUUACAGAAUAACUCAUCUGGAUUACUUCAUUACCCACAGAACCACCAAUUCCAUUAAUUCAAUUGCUCCUGCAAAGUAAUUGACAUCUUCCUACAGUUAACUGAACUAAGAAUUCACGAACUACUAUAACUAAGCAUCAAAGAAGAAACUACAAAGAAUGGGUAACACUUUUCCCAUAGCUCACCACUAUUCCAACUUAACAAAACCCAAGCACAGAUAAUUUAAAACAGAACAUAUGAAAUGACAAGACUUUAGGACCUGGGUCUUGUUAUAGAAGACUUCAUUUUUAGCAUGCAUAAGAAUCUCAGCCUCUCCUUCCUUGACGAUGGUAAAUUCAUCGAGAUCCGCUGCCAUUGCCUCCCUCCUUCCUUCUCCCUUCUCAAUCAAACCGUUCUUCCUGUCCUUCCCUACUGCCACUCCUUCCUCAACCUUCCCACAAGGACUUUAUCGACGGGAUGAAGCAAACGGAGAGCUACUUGCAGUUAUCGAUUUUUGCUGUUUCAAUGAUUUUGUAACCAACAAGUUGAUGAAAACUCUCAAGAACUGCCUAUUAUAUACAUGGAGAGAACAAAAGUUCGUCCCACGCUCUCCCUUUCUUCUGAGGAAAACUGCUAAC